UUUAUAUGGAUGAAACCUUGGAUCAUCGGUUCUCAGCCACUUACUUAUCUGAAGAAGAUCCUGUGAAAUAAGGAGUGUUUUCCUUUGGUAUGGAUUGAACCUUUGCACGCACUGUUUGCCUGCACACUGUUUUUUGAAACUGAGUGAGCUCUGACUGUAAUCACGGAGACACUAUUGAUUAAGUGAAAAUCAGUCAGCUCCUGAAGACAAACAGUUGUAUUGUAGCAAAGACGCACUGAAUCAGGAUGGCACUAAUGAAGGUGAAGUUCAACCUGAAGAGACGUGUGAAGCUUGCUCAAGGACUUUGGUUAAUGUACUGGCUUGCCGUUGUGGUGGGAGUCCUGGUAUUUAGUAUGGGCCUCCUUUUCAAGACCGAGCUUCGCAAGCGGAGCGAGAUGAUGGACAACAAGGAAAGCCACUUUGUUCCCAACUUGCUGAUCCUGGUGGGGCUGGUAGGAUGCUGCAUCAAUGCCUUUGGUGGGAAAAUCAGCUACGACUUGCUGGACGCCACCAAGUUUCCCAAGUGGAAGCCCCUGCUGAAGCCCUUUCUGAUUGGCUGCAUCUUCUUUGACAUGCUUCUCUUCUUCACAGCAGUCCUGUGUUUCACUAUGAGAUUGUCCCUCCAGUUCACACUGGCUGAAGGCCUGAAGAACAGCAUGAAGUUCUACAAGGACACGGACAUUCCGGGCCACUGCUUUAUGAAGAGGACGCUGGAUCUGACACAGAUUGAGUUCCACUGCUGUGGAAACAACAACUACAAGGACUGGUUCGAAAUCCAGUGGAUCAGCAACCGUUACCUGGAUUUUAGCUCCAAGGAGGUUAAAGACCGCAUCAGCAGUAACGUGGAGGGGCAGUACCUGAUGGACAGCGUCCCGUUUAGCUGCUGCAACCCCGGCUCCCCGCGGCCCUGCAUCCAGCAGCAGCUGACCAAUGACUCCGCCCACUACAGCUACGAGCACCGCAGUGAAGAGCUCAACAUCUGGAGGCGUGGCUGCAGGGAGGCGCUGCUCUCCUACUACGGCGGCAUGAUGAGCAGCAUCGGUGCACUGGUGCUGCUGCUCGACGUCCUGGAGGUGGCAGUAACAGCAGGACUGCAGUACCUGAACACAUCUCUGGCAACACUUGUGAUUCCAGAGGAACCAGAAAGUGAGAGUGAGGGCUGGCUGCUAGAGAAGACCCUAAGUGAGACCUUUUCUGACCUAAUGGAGAAAAUCAAGGCCUUGGGCAAGGCCAACCAGGUGCAGGAGGGGGUGGAGGAGGAGCCUGUUGUCACAGUGAGCUGAGUGAGCCACACCCACCAGGACUGAGGUCACUUCCUCCCAUGGGAAGCCCCUGCUGAAGCCCUUUCUGAUUGGCUGCAUCUUCUUUGACAUGCUUCUCUUCUUCACAGCGGUAAAAUCCACUGAGAUGGACACAAGCACACAUCCACACUGACCACUGAAAGUGAAGGAGAGUGAAGUGGGUGAUAAAAUAAGACGCAAAAUUUGUACAUAAUUGUUUGCAUGUAUAUAAUGAAAAAUGCAUGAUAAUACAAAAAAAACAUGAAAAAAGACUUUAAUUUUGUACAUAUGAAAGAAAAUCAAUUUGAGUAUAACGAUCAUCCCUCUCAACACACAUACACACCCACGCGGUUUUGUUUUGUAAUAUAGCUCCACUAAUCUAAACCCCAGAGGAGUACAAAAUAA